AUGUCAACCCUUUUUGUGUAUGGUGAUUCCUAUUCAGAUACCAAUGACAAAUCUCGACAAACGAAUGGUCCUUUGUGGAGCGAGAACUUGGCACGAGCAUGGGAUAUUCCACUAAAGAGUUAUGCCCAAUCAGGCGCAUCAGCAUGCACUCGCCCUGAUUUUCCCUCUGAUUUGACACGGCAGUUGCAAGCAGCCAAGCCUGCCAUUGAAACAGCCAAAGACCAAAAUAACAUCCACGCCAUAUUUAUCGGCAACACGGAUAUGGCUGAUGGCAAGACAACCGAUGUAGAGCCUUUGGUGGAUUGUGUCAAGCAGCAUGUGCUUGAAUUGAGUCGUUUAGACCCAAAUGCAGAAAUCCUUGUCAUUGGAUUGUUGCCUCUCGAUUUCUCGCCUUAUUAUCUCGCACACAAAAAGGAGCAAUCCAUCAUCAAACAACGCACACAAGGUUACAAUGUCGGACUCGAAGAUGGGGCCGAUAGCUGGAAUGCUCAAUUUGUGGAUACGUAUACACUCUUCAGCUAUGUGCUCGGUGAUCCAGCAGAAUACAAUAUGGAUAAUGUCGAAGAUGCGUAUUGGGAAACAUGUCAAGGAUCAUGCCUCGAUCCCGUUGAUAACUAUUUAUGGUGGGAUCAAGUACAUAUGACUGGAGCUGGUCAUCGUGCUCUCUCAAAUGAACUCGUAUCCAAGCGACCUGUCGUAAAUGAACAACCUAUCAUACCUCCUGCAACAUCAUCCAAUGGAGCCAUUUCAGAACAAGAGUCUUCAUUCUUGGAAGAUUCAGCAGGAUACGACAUCCACCUUGCCAGCUGGGUUGUGCUUUGUGGCGUGUGUGUAUUCAUCCUUAUCCUUGUUCGACCCGCACGACUCACCAACAUGUGUCGAAGCUUGUUCAGAAGCAAGAAACAUAUCAAAUCUUCGGCAGGCUAUUCGAUCGUGUAG